GUGAGUGUUAAUUAGCGCUUGCAAAGGUUUCAACUACAACGUGCAUACGUAAUUAUCACUUGCGCACGUAUUAGUCACCAGAUGCGCCUUAAGAACUAAUAGGCAUGCAUGCAUUGUCAAUCAAAGUAUUUUUCAAUACGUCCACACGUGAUAGUUGACACAUGUAAGGUUUACACCACGUGCAUUUAUUAGUAUAACGUGUAUGUAUUUAUAUAUACACAUGCGCACGUCAAACUAAUAAAUGCAUUAAUUUUAUUUUGUAUAAGUUCUCACGUGGGCGACGUUUAAGCGCAACACUUACACGAGCGAACGCAAAAUUAACACGUUCACUUCAAAUUAGUAAUUAAAAAAUAUUUCUAAUGUCCCAUUCAUGCCACCAUACUAUGCUUCUCUCCUCGUUAUUCAGUAGGUCAACAGGAAACGAAUUAGGGUUAUCAUGACAUUUCAUGAAAUUCGUUUCAAGCAAGUCACGAUACACAAUAGCUAUAUGAAAGCAAAUUACUACCCAAUUCCUGUUUUGGGUUUUUUGGGUGUUUAUUUGGUUUUGCUUCAAUUAACAACAAAACAAAAUCUCGAGUUUAUUUAUUGACACAGCUUUAUUUAAACUAUUGCGUGGUUACCUUAUAACCUGUCUUUAUUAAAAAUACUUUUCACUUUGGAAUUGAAUUUCGCUCACUAAGGGACUCCGUUUUCGAAGUGUAUGCGAAAAAAUGACAACACCACAGAGUGAAUUUGUGAAUUGGACUAAAAGUGUUACAGGCUUAGGUGUUACAAAGAUUGCUCUUUGUAACCAUAUCAUUACAACUUGGAAGAAUGAGUUAUAUUCUUGGGACCAAGAACAAAUUUCGCAUUUACCGGAUUUUUUGAAAGACAUAGAUCACGCCUCUAUACUGUUGCAGUACAAAAAAGAUUCAACAGGCAGAAAACGGUGGAAAAUAAAAUGUACAUGUCGCCUAUGCCAAUCCAUCUUUGAUCGUUUACGUUUGUUACAAUCGAACGAGUCGAAAAGAAUAGUAUGGAACCCAGUUGUACAGACAGACAAACAAAGUACAAAAGAAAAUAAAACACCACUGCUUCAAAUGGGUAAAAAUGUAUUAAAACAGAAGUAUGUAGAAAAAUUCAGUGGGAUAUGUAACACAUGCAAAAUGGAGGAUUGUCCAUUUGAACGUAACCGACAAGGAAUACCUUUAUUUGAUGAAACAAGGUCGGGGCCUAUAGACGAUUACUAUUGGCAGAUUGCGAACAUGUACAUGUUUUGCGGAAAUGAGAGACACGAUAUUCCUAACUCAGAUCCCGAAAAUACAGAUGCAGCAUCAAUUUUCAAGAUGAUGAGAAAUUGCAAGUUAUUCAAAUUGAAAGAUGAGUCAAGUGACGAGGUGUAUACUGAUUUACUUGAAGUGAGAAACUUUUUGAUGCACUCUGCUGAUCAACGCAUUAAUGACGAGGCUUUAGAUAUUUGUUUCCGUCGUAUGGAAACGCUAUUGCAGAUGGAACAAUUAAAUGAUGUGUAUUGCCAAAAAGCUAUUGUAGAGCUUUCAAAGCUGAAAAGUUUGGAAAUCAUUACGCUUUGUUUUUCCCCUGAAGACAAAAUCAUGAUAACACAAGCACUUUGUUUGCAAACAUUGGCCUUGGAAUUUGAAAUAAAUGUUGAAGGAACUUUAAAGGAUGAUGUACAGCUGAAAAGUAUUUUGAAAGCACUUGAAACUAAGAAAACAACCAUAGAAAAGGAUACAUCAGACGACAUUUCGAUUAAGGAUCUAUCAGAUGGGAUUUCGAGUCAGGCAUUGGGUACAACAGGUGCAGGAGCUCUGGCUUGGGCUGCUCUUGGAGCAGGAUUUGGAUGGGUAGUCGGAAAAAUCAUGGAUCACUCCAAAGUGGAUAAAAAGUAAAUUAAAGUCGCACCGUAUUUAUCCUUUCCGUUAAACUUCGGAUAAAGACCUCGAACAAAAUAUUAUGCAUACAUAGAACGGUCUUACAUGCAUAAUGAAGAUAAAAACAUGUAAACUAACUAUACUUUAUAUACAUGAACUAAUUAUUAUGUUUUUAGAAACCGAUAAUACAAAUUGUUUACCAGUUGGCAUUUUUUUGCUAUUUUGUAAUAAUGGAACGUUAGUGUGCAUUUUUAAAUUUGUUAAACAUAUUUUUUAAUCAUAAUUGUACCUAAAUAUUUUUUUCGGCUGAAGUAAAACAAAUACAUUCGUUAUUCGUUA